AUGUCUCUUUUGUAUGUUUCUCCUUCUUCUUCUCCUUCUUCUCCUUCUUCUUCUUCUUCUCCUCCUCCUCCUUCUUCUCUUCAUUCUUCUUCUUCUCAUUCUUCUUCUUCUCAUCCUCCUCCUCCUUCUCCUUCUCCUCCUUCUUCUUCUUCUCCAUCUUCUUCUUCUCCUCAUUCUUCUUCUUCUCCUCCUCCUUCUCCUUCUCCUAAUUCUUCGUCUUCUCCUCCUCCUCCUUCUUCUCCAUCUUCUUCUUCUCCUCAUUCUUCUUCUCCUCCUCCUCCUCCUCCUUCUUCUUCUUUUCUAUGUCGUCUACUCCUGCUUCUUCUUCUUCUUCUUCUUCUUCUUCUUCUUCUUCUUCUUCUUCUUCGUCGUCGUCGUCGUCAUCGCCGUCUUCUUCUUCUUCUCCUCCUUCUUAUUUUUUUUUUUUUUUCGUCGUCGUCGUCUGCUCCCUCUUCUUCUUCUUCUUCUUCUUCUAUGUCGUCUAUUCCUGCUUCUUCUUCUUCUUCUUCUUCUUCUUCUUCUUCUUCUUCUUCUUCUUCUUCUUUCUUCUUCUUCUCCUCCUUCUCAUUGUUCUUGUUUUUUUUCUUCGUCCUCCUUCUUCUUCUUCUUUUCUUUUUUUUUUUUUUCUUCUUCUUCUUCUUCUUCUUUUCUUCUUCUUCUUCUUCUUCUUCUUCUUCUCUUCAGCUCAUUCAUUUUCUUCUUUUCAUAUCUAUCUAUCUAUCUAUCUAUCUAUCUAUCUAUCUAUCUAUCUAUCUAUCUCUUUUCCUAUAUAUUCAUCCCAGCAAUUUAAGAAUAAAUAUAUUUUUUUUUCUCUCUCUCUCUCUCUCUCUGUAUAUUUUCUUUCAUUCUUUCUUUUUCUUUCUUCCUUUUUUUUUUUUUCUUUCAUUCUUUAUUUCUUUCUUUCCUUCUAUAAAUCGUCUUUCAUUCUUUCUUUUUUUCUUUCUUUCUUUACUUCUAUGUAUCGUCUUUUAUUCUUUCUUUCCUUCUAUAGAACGUCUUUCAUUCUUUCUUUUUUUCCUUUCUUUCUUUACUUCUGUGGAUCGUCUUUUUCUUUCUUUUUCUUUCAUCGUCUUUUUUUUUUCUUUCUUUCUUUUCUUCUAUAGAUCGUCUUUCAUUCUUUCUUUUUUCCUUUCUUUCUUUUCUUUGGAUUUCUUUCAUUUCUUUUUUUCUUUUUCAUCGUCUAUAAUUCUUUCUUUUUCUUUUCUUUCUUUACUUCUGUGGAUCGUCUUUCAUUCUUUCUUUUUUCCUUUCUUUUUUUUUUGGAUUCUUUCAUUUUUCUUUUUUUUCUUUCUUUUUCUUUUUCUUUCUUUUUUCUUUCUUUCUUUUCUUCUAUCUUUCUUUCAUUCUUUCUUUUUUUUUCUUUUCUUUUUUUUCUUCUUUGAUCAUCUUCUUUCAUUCUUUCUUUUUCUUUUCUUUCUUUACUUCAUUGAUUUCUUUCAUUCUUUUAUUUAUUUCCUUUCUUCUAUAGAUUUCUCCUUUCUUUCUUUUUUCCUUUUCUUUUUAAUUUGGAUCGUCUUUUUCAUUUUUCUUUCUUUCUUUCCUUCUUUAUCUUGUUUUUUUCUUCUUCUUUCUUCUUCUUUGUUUUUUUCUUCUUCUUUGUUGUUGUUUAUUCUUUUUUCUUCUUAUUAUUAUUUCUCCUUCUUCUUUGAUGUUGUUCUCCUUUUUGUUGUUGUUUUCUUCUUUCCUUUUUUUUUUUUUGUUCUUCUUUUCUUUCUUGUUUUUCCUUUCUUCUUUUUUUUCUUUUUUCUUUUUUUUUCUUCUUCUUCUUUUCUUUUUCUUUUUUUUUUUUUGUUUUUUUUUUUCUUCUUCUUUCUUCUUCCUUUUCUUCUUCUUCGUCUUUACCUUUUUUUUCUUCUUUCGUAUUCUUUCUUUUCUUUUCUUUUUCUUCUUGUUUUUUUCCUUUCUUCUUUACCUCCUUUUUUUUUCUUCUUUUAUUUUUCUUCUUUCGUCUUUCUUCUUGUUUUUUCUUUCUUCUUCUAUUCUAUUCUUUCUUCUUCUUCGUCUUUCUUCUUGUUGUUUUUUUCCUUUCUUCUUCUACCUCCUUUUUCUUCUUCUUCGUCGUAUUCUUUCUUCUUCUUCGUCUUUCUUCUUGUUGUUUUUUCCUUUCUUCUUCUACCUCCUUUUUCUUCUUCUUCGUCGUAUUCUUUCUUCUUCGUCUUUCUUCUUGUUGUUUUUUCCUUUCUUCUUCUACUUCCUUUUUCUUCUUCUUCAUCGUAUUCUUUCUUCUUCUUCGUCUUCUUAUUCUUUGUUUUUUUUCUUCUUCUACCUCUUUCUUCUUCUUGUUCUUUUCUUUUCUUCGUCUUUCUUCUUCUUGUUCUUUUCUUUUCUUCUACCUCUUUUUUUCUUCUUCGUCGUCGUCUUAUUCUUUCUUCUACUUCUUUUCUUUUCUUCUUACUCUUUUUUCUUGGAAAAUUUGAUACUCACGGGACUGGUUGA